AUUUUGUCAUAAAUUUGGUAAAAAUGCUCACAAAGAAAAUAAAGUGUUUUUGUUUUUGCACGAUUGGGGUAUCAAUAUAUUUAUUUAUUUAUUUAUUUAUUCAUUUAUUUAUUUUAGAAAUCUUGUAUAAGGACAGUAGCUGAAAAAUACUGGUAAUAAUAAUUUACAUAAACUGUUUCCGGUUUUAUGCUGAAAAUCCUGACCGGAACCGCAUCUUCCCCCUGCGCCUCUCCGGAGCUCCACCACCGCACCCACUGGAAGCGCGUCUGUUUUGUUGUGCUGACCGGCCCCGCAGCAUCAGCACCGCGGGAGGAGACCGAGCUCAGCCCCGGCCUCAUGGGGAUCCUCUGCUGACCGGCCGAGCAGACAUGGGAAGGAGGCGGGAAGGGAUUGGCCAUUCACUGCCCAGUUAGCCUUCUCGAUUCUUAAUUUGAAAAAAAUUAAUAAUUGCAAUUAUUUAAUAGAAAAAAUCCGUCAUUACAACCAACAUGGCUAAGCAGUACGACGUGCUCUUCCGACUCCUGCUGCUCGGGGAUUCUGGGGUCGGGAAAACAUGUUUGUUGUGUCGAUUCACAGACAACGAAUUUCACCCUUCUCACAUCUCGACUAUCGGAGUCGACUUUAAAAUGAAGACGCUGGUAAUAGACGGAGUCAAAGUGCGGAUUCAGAUAUGGGACACGGCAGGUCAGGAGCGGUACCAGACCAUCACCAAGCAGUACUACCGACGAGCACAGGGCAUCUUCCUGGUGUACGACAUCACGAGCGAGCGAUCCUUCCAGCACAUCAUGAAGUGGGCCAGCGAUGUGGACGAGUACGCUCCUGAUAAGGUCCAGAAGAUCCUCGUGGGAAACAAGUCAGACGAUGUGGACAAGAGGCAGGUAGCCACCGAGCAAGGAGUCAAGCUCGCCCAGAACUAUGGAAUGGACUUCUUUGAGACAAGUGCCUUCACCAACCAUAACAUCACCGAGACGUUCACGCGGCUUGCCGAGCGAGUCCUGGCAGCCAAUAAGAAAGACCUGGACCUUCUCCGGAUGUCCCUCACCGACGAGCUCAACCUCGCCGCCCUGGAGGAAGAGGAGGGGCUCUGCGACGGAGCGGCCGGCGACCAACACAAACAAUGCUGGUGUUGAAACCAUUUUUAUUAGGAGGCUGAUUAAUAAUUCUUGGUCUAAAGCAUCAAAGAAUGUUCAGCUGAGCCAAAACGGCAAAUUCAAUGCAAACAUUUGGCUCUUAAUUCAUUAAAAAUUCCCCCUUUUUUUUUGUCUUUUUCAUGUCACUUUUUUCCUGAAUGGUUUUAAAGUAGUUCCACCUUUUCGCCACAAGAGGGCGCCAAAUACAUUACAAAAAGCACAUUCUGAGGAAACGUUCCCAGUUUCUCCUGGUUGGACCUGCAGCUGCCUUUACAGCAGAGGAUUGGUUUAAAAACCCUCAUGUGGCCCCGCCCGGGGCGCUGCAAGGCGAACGGAUUUAUGGCAAAACUAUUCAGGUUCUCUGUAGCAAAACAGAAGGUAUUUUUCUAUGUUCCGUCUCUUUGUGGGUUGCCUGUGUUGCAUUGUAAAUAAUAAAAGCGUUAUAAAUUAAUAAGGCCACUAGGGUACUUUUUUUUUUUUAAUUAUUAUGAUAUAAAAGUAUUCGCUUUGUGAAAGUUUUUAGUUUCACCAAGGGGCAAAAAUGAGAGCUUUGCAUGUGAUUCUCUGCUUUUUUUUUUUCUUUUUUUUUUACUCUGAUAGCAACUUCAGUGAAGUUAUUAAUCGUUUGACUGUAAUAAAAAAUGACCAGAGUUGCCUCUUGAAGGGAUAAACUGAAUCACACAGAAGAGGAACACAAUGUACAUUUUUGCAACUUUAUAUUCCUAAACGCUCCGGAAAGCAAGUGUUAACCUGUGCUGUGUGUGUCAUGGCGGUAUGAUGUAAACUCUUGGAAAACAGAGUUGUUUUUCUGAUUUUUUUUUUUCUUUUUUGUGGGCUAAAUGUUUUUGUGGAUAUUCAUGUAUGCAAAAUGCUUGAAAACAGUUGUUUAUGAGUAAAAUCCUGCAGACAGAAAAA